GAUGUGACGCGACUUCCUGGGUGUGCUCGUUUCUCUUCAGACCGCAGCUUCCGUAACACUCGUGUCCAGAUUCCACGCGGCUCCGCUCGUCCGCUUUGGGGCGAGGACACAAAUCGAGCGCACCCUCGCCUAACGUCCGUUGCGCUCGUAACAAGCGGAAAGGACACGUUAAAACGUCCUCGCGCGCUCGACCCUUCACACCGACGUCAGGCGACGAUGUUUAAUAAGGGGGAUAAAGUCAAAUAUCUACUGAGCCUGGUCCCGGGCAAACAACGCCUCGGUAACUACCGGUUUCUCCCGAUCUUCUUCUGCGUCGGAGGCGUCAUGGAGUGGAUCAUGAUCAACGUGAGGAUAGGAAAGGAGACUUUCUAUGAUGUCUACCGGAGGAAACAAUCCGAGCGGGAAUACCAGCAGAAGCUCGCAGACGGUCUGGUGGUUCCUAAUGAGACGGAGACCAAGUGACUAAAUGAGGACUACGGACACGUUGUCGGACUCCUGACGCUCGCUGCUUUGUUUCCAGCCGGCCGGACUGUACUUCACCGAAUGCUGCAGCGACCGUGUCACAGUUCCUGUGUGACGGAGUGGACAGUGUAAAGAGGAUGGAGAGGCAUGCGAGUGUAUCUUUUAAUAUGAUGUUGAGUUGAAGCAACGGGAGUAAUAAUAAUCUCAACAAUGGUCUCGUAUUUAUUUAAAUGUCAUAAACCUUGCAUAGCCCUUGACUGGAAAAAAUAAUAAAAAUAUACAUAAAGUCUUUGUACGUAGAAACAUUGAAAUCUGCCAGUAGAAACUCAGCUUGUUUAAAUAAAUAUAGUUUUUCUGUAAUCACGUGACUUUCUGUCCGCUUUAAAGAGUUCUAUCACUGUGCAAUAGAGUUGAGUACAUUAACUGUAACAUAAGAACUGCCUUUGUAGACGCUUCGUCUCCGUCACAGGCCUUAUUUUCAGUUGCACCAUCCGAUGCACACAGAUGAAGCUGUUGGGGUGCUGGGACAGCGUGACGCGGUUCCCGUCCAGCCUCCCCUCCUCCAUGUUGUGUAGGGUGUAGUGGCUGGAGUUAACUUUACAGAACGUCUCGUGUUGAGACGUUGAGAUCUGAUUGUUCUGCAGAACCAACACGCGGUGGAGAAAACCACACGCUGGCAAGACGAUGGAUAAAAACUCUGAUUGUUUCCGCAGAGACCCUGCAAAUUGAACUCGCGGUGUUGAAAACCUUUUUCGUCGUAGUGUUGAACUUUUACUGUUGUCUUUCUGUGGAAAAAAAGGGGAAAUCUUCCUUUUCCUUUUACGUUCCCGACUUCCAGUGUGCAUUUCCUCCACCUCCAGAAGAUCCAUCUACCGUAGGCUUUCUCCCUGCCGUGUGUUUAUCUUUCGCCACAGAAGACAGCAUCCUCGGGAGCAUCACCGAUGUCAAAAGUAAAGUCCCCAGUUGCGUCAUUGUGUCUCGGUGUGCUGGCGGGGGAAGAGAGCGCGCCCGUCUGCUGGAGCGGGCACAGGUACAUGUGAGCAGAAACACUUUUUCCAUCUGUUUUUUUAUUUAAGCUGGCAGAAAAAGGAAACCGUGAAACACACGCUGGUUCAUGUUGCCCUCAGAGGGCCGUUUUAUUUGUAGAGAAAACGGAUGGGAAAAGUGUUUAUGUUAAAAGUCCACAUACAGCUUUUAAAUAUUUCUUUGGCCGACCAAAGAAUGUUGUUGGUGGAAAGAGAGAGUUGGUCCCAAACUUCAGUAUUCGAUGGGAAAAGUGAUUUAUACAAUGAUUUGGUUGCUCUUCUGAAUAUUUCCCAUUUUCAGUUUGAUACUUUGGUUGAAAUGCUAACAGCAAUUGUUCCCUAUUAGAAGGGACUUUUUCUGUAGAAUAAAACCGUUUGUAAAUAA